CUUUUAAGGGUGUGACUCAAAGCUCUCAAUCAGCCCGUAAACAAUUCUGAUUUUCUGUAUGUUUGAAGUAUUCACAUAAUCCAUAAAUACAAUAUAUUGGUCCCACUUUCCUUAUUUUGUAUAAUCAAACAGUAAUCAGUAAGAACAAUGACUACUGAAGAAUGGGACUUCUGAAGCUCUGAGGGCAAAUUCUUCACCAGCAUGCAUAUAAAAGUCACUGCAGAGAGUCUUUUCUUUCUUAAGUGCCCUUGAAACCCAGCAACUAAAUUAUAUUCCAGGCCCCCAAACAAAGGUAUAACAAAGGUUAUAUUUGUCUCACACUUAAUUACAUGCAUUGCAAAAGGUAAAUGGACAGUCAUUUUUGUACCAUAUACAGAGAGUACAAUCACUUAUGAAUUUUGAUAUUGCUGGCUCACUGAUUCACAGAAAGUAGAAAUGUAUGCAAGAACCAUGUCUAACAGCGAUGGUGCUAUGUAAACGCGCAGCCCAGCGGAGAACACUGCCUUCACUGUUCUGGGACUGAGCUCCACGCUCUGUCAGGCUAUUCUUCUUUCUCACAGGGCUCUAGUGAGGCAGCUUAUUUGUCCCUUCUCCUUUGUUGGUCAGAGUUGUUUCUUUCCAGGCCUUCUUCUUCUCUGAGUUUCCAAGAGAGUGUUAGCUUAAGGCCUCGCAUUGACACCAUCAGAUAUAAUCAGAGAAAUGAAAAAUAUCGUAGGAGAGAAAAGUGAUAUUUUAGCCAAGCAGCACAAGAGAAAUAUGCCACUUUCAAGCCCUGUUUUCCGUAGUUCCUAAUGGAGCCCGCUCAGGACAGACGUCAUCUUUGCUGGGAUCGUAGCUUGCUGCCAGACAUGGCCCUCUCAGUGGACUCGUCUUGGUACCGGUGGCAGUGGCGAGUCAGAAAUGGCCUCCCACGGUCUCCAUCAGAAGCCACACCACUGCUGUCCCCAGAGGAGGGGGCGCAGAACUACAACCUGGCGCAGCAGCGGGUCGUGUUCCCCAACAACAACGUAUCCCACCGGGAUUGGGCCAAGGUCUCCAGGAGAUACUCUGGCAACAGAAUCUGCACCACCAAGUAUACCCUCUUCACCUUCCUGCCCCAGAAUCUCUUGGAGCAGUUUCACAGAUGGGCUAACCUCUAUUUCCUGUUCCUGGUGAUUCUGAACUGGAUGCCCUCCAUGGAAGUCUUCCACAGGGAGAUUACUAUGUUACCGUUGGCCAUUGUCCUGUUCAUCACCAUGGUCAAGGAUGGCAUAGAGGACUUCAAGAGACACCGCCUUGAUAGAGAGAUAAACUGCUCCAACAUCCAGAUAUAUGAAAGAAAAGAGCAGAGCUACACGCAGAAGUGCUGGAAGGAUGUGCAAGUGGGGGACUUCAUCCAAAUGCAAUGCAAUGAGAUCAUCCCAGCCGACAUACUCCUCCUCUUUUCCUCGGACCCCAGUGGGAUCUGUCAUCUGGAAACCUCCAACUUGGAUGGAGAGACAAACCUCAAGCAGAGACGUGUUGUAAAGGGCUUCACACAGCAGGAGGUACAGUUCCAACCAGAAGGUUUCCACAACAUCAUCGUGUGUGAGAAGCCUAACAACCACCUUAACAGGUUUAAAGGUUAUAUGGAACAUCCCGACCAGAGCAGAACCGGCUUUGGCAGUGAGAGUCUUCUGCUUCGAGGCUGCACCAUCAGAAACACCAAAGUGGCUGUUGGCAUUGUCAUCUACGCGGGCCAUGAGACAAAAGCCAUGCUGAACAACAGCGGCCCGCGGUACAAACGCAGCAAGAUCGAGCGGCGCAUGAACACAGACAUCUUCUUCUGCAUCGGGAUCCUCUUCCUCAUGUGCCUCACUGGGGCUGUAGGUCACAGCCUCUGGAAUGGAACCUUUGCAGAACACCCUCCCUUUGAUGUGCCAGAUGCCGAGGGCAACUUCCUUCCCCUUGCCCUUGGAGGCUUCUACAUGUUCCUCACCAUGAUCAUUCUGCUCCAGAUACUGAUCCCAAUCUCCCUGUACGUGUCCAUCGAGCUGGUGAAGCUCGGGCAAGUCUUCUUCCUGCACAAUGACCUUGACCUGUACGAUGAAGAGACCUAUUUGUCCAUUCAGUGUCGAGCCCUCAACAUCACUGAGGACUUGGGCCAGAUCCAGUACAUCUUCUCUGACAAGACGGGGACGCUGACCGAGAACAAGAUGGUGUUCAGGCGUUGUACCAUCAUGGGCCACGAGUAUUCUCACCAAGAAAAUGCUAAACGACUAGAGACCCCAGAGGAGCUGGACUCAGACAGUGAAGAGUGGACCCAAUACCGGUGCUUGUCCUUCCCAGCCCAAAGGGACCAGGGACCAGCAACAAUAAGGGGCCAAGGAGGGUCCCAGCCUCUGAGGAGCCAGAGUGCCCGGGCACGCAUCCAGGGCCACUGGCGACAAAGGUCCAGGGGGCGCUGUGAAAUCUCACAGCCCCCUGUGGCCUUCAGCAGCUCCAUAGAAAAAGAUGUGACUCCGGAUAAAAACCUCCUGACCAAGGUACGAGAUGCAGCCCUGUGGCUGGAAACCCUGUCAGACAGCAGACCUGCCAAGCCUUCCCUCUCCACCACCUCCUCCACUGCUGACUUCUUCCUGGCCUUAACCAUCUGCAACUCCGUCACGGUCUCCACGACCGCAGAGCCCCGUCAGAGGGUCACAGUGCCACCCUCGACCAAGGCUCUGGUGACAUCCCUGGAGAAGAUUCAGCAGCUGUUCCGCAAGUUGAAGCUUUCGAGCCUCAGCCAGUCAUUCUCGACCACCGCACCCUCCGAUGUGGACCUGGGGGAGAGUUUGGGGGCCAACAUGCCCACCACGGACUCGGAAGAGAGAGACGACGCGUCUGUGAGCAGUGGCGGCUACUCCACCGAUGGCGGCUACAGGAGCAGCACGUGGGAGCAGGGUGACAUCCUGGGGGUGGGUCCGGGUGCCUCCCUGGAGGAGGUGCUGCAGGACCCGGCCCUCAGCCUGGCCGGCCCCGAAGUCUGUUACGAGGCCGAGAGCCCUGAUGAGGCUGCCCUGGUGCACGCUGCCCGUGCCUACAGCUUCACGCUGGUGUCCCGGACGCCCAAGCAGGUGACCGUGCGCUUGCCCCAGGGCACCUGCCUCACCUUCGAUGUCCUCUGCACCCUGGAGUUUGACUCUGUCAGGAAGAGGAUGUCCGUGGUCGUGAGGCACCCGCUGACCGGUGAGAUCAUCGUCUACACCAAGGGUGCCGACUGCGUUAUCAUGGACCUGCUGGAAGACCCAGCCUGUGUGACUGACACUGAUGUGGAAAAGAAGGUGAGGAAAAUCCGAGCCCAGACCCAGAGGCAUCUAGACUUGUAUGCGAGAGAUGGCCUUCGAACACUGUGCAUCGCCAAGAAGAUCUUAAGUGAAGAGGACUUCCAGAGAUGGGCCAGUUUCCGGCGUGAGGCUGAGGCGUCCCUCAACAACAGAGAUGAGCUUCUCUUGGAGACAGCACAGCACCUGGAGAACCAACUCAUCUUACUCGGAGCCACUGGGAUCGAAGACCGGCUGCAGGAAGGAGUUCCAGAUACAGUCGCUGCUCUGCAGGAGGCUGGGAUCCGGCUCUGGGUCCUGACUGGAGAUAAGCAGCAGACGGCAGUCAACAUCGCCUAUGCCUGCAGACUGUUAGACCAGAAGGACACCGUUUAUUCCAUUAACACAGAAAGUCAGGAAACCUGUGAAUCCAUCCUCAACUUGGUAUUGGAAGAGGUAAAGCAACUUCAUGGACCACAGAAGCCGGACCACAAGCUCUCUGGGAUCUUCCGCCUACCUUCUGCGACGCCAUCCCCCACCUCAGGAGCUGCAGUUCCAGAGGUUGGAUUGGUCAUCGAUGGGAAGACGUUGAAUGCCAUUUUCCAGGGAAAACUGGAGGAGAAAUUUCUGGAGUUGACCCAGUAUUGCCGGUCUGUCCUGUGCUGCCGCUCCACCCCACUCCAGAAGAGUAUGCUCGUCAAGCUGGUGCGAGACAGGCUGAGAGCCAUGACCCUUUCCAUAGGUGAUGGAGCAAAUGACGUAAGCAUGAUUCAAGCUGCUGAUAUUGGGAUUGGAAUAUCUGGACAGGAAGGCAUGCAGGCCGUCAUGUCCAGCGACUUUGCCAUCUCCCACUUCAGACACCUCAAGAAGCUGCUGCUUGUGCACGGACACUGGUGUUACUCACGCCUGGCCAGGAUGGUGGCGUACUACUUCUACAAGAACGUGGGCUACGUCAACCUGCUCUUCUGGUACCAGUUCUUCUGUGGUUUCUCCGGCUCCACCAUGAUCGAUUACUGGCAAUUGAUCUUCUUCAAUCUCUUCUUCACCUCCUUGCCUCCUCUUGUCUUCGGAGUCCUCGAUAAAGACGUCUCUAUGGAAACACUCCUGGCGUUGCCUGAGCUGUACAAGAGUGGUCAGAACUCUGAGUGCUAUAACCUGCUGACUUUCUGGAUUUCCAUGGCGGAUGCGUUCUACCAGAGCCUCGUCUGUUUCUUUAUCCCCUACCUGACCUACAAGGAUUCUGACAUCGACAUCUUUACCUUUGGGACACCCAUCAACACCGUUUCCCUCGCCACAAUCCUCCUGCACCAGGCAAUGGAAAUGAAGACCUGGACCAUCAUCCAUGGGCUUGUUCUCGCAGGCAGCUUCCUGAUGUACUUUGUGGUAUCCCUAGUGUACAACGCCACCUGCGUCACCUGCAACAGUCCCAUCAACCCCUACUGGGUGAUGGAAGGCCAGCUCUCGGACCCCACUUUCUACCUCGUCUGCUUCCUCACACCGGUCGUGGCUCUUCUCCCAAGGUACUUUCUCCUGGCUCUACAAGGCACAUAUGGGAAGUCUCUGAUCUUAAAAGCUCAGAAAAUUGACAAACUCCCCAUGGACAAAAGAGAGCUGGAAAUCCGGAGUUGGAGAAGCCGACAGAGGCCUGCCACUGUCCCUGGAGAGGCCCAGCCCACCCACCGUCCAGGGCCACCUGCCCCAGAACCGAGCUUCAGAGCCAGCACCCCAAAGAGCUCGAGCCCUGUGGAGUGCAAGUACAAAGAGGACUGGGUGCUGCCCGGAGAGAGAUCCAGUGGAGACCACAUAAGGGAUGACCCAUGCUCACGGGACUCCUGGGCUAAAUUCUCAUCUGGGGAGCACCUUCUCCUGGAGCCUAGUAGGAUGAUGGCGUCCGGAGCCUACUCAAGUGGACAGACUAAGUCGAACCGGCCCUUCAGCCGGGGCAGCCAUCGCCGAUCCCAGAGUUCAGUGACCAUAUGAGGGGCCUGCAGAGAUCUGCACAAACUCAGAGGAGGCCGCCUAAUCACUGGCUUAAUUAACCACGACUCUUCCUCUUCAUGAAGGGAAGAAUGUGCCCGUCUUAUCCUCUUCUCCCCACCAGGCUUGACUUCCUUAGAGGAAGUGCUGGCCCCAAGGGGUCUGACAAAAAAGGACUGGAAACCAGUCGACCUCUAGUUUUCUCCUGCUGCCAGGCAGCACUUCUUGCAAAAGGUUUUCUAUAAGGAGGCUAUAUUUCUGUUGCAUUGAGCGUUUUUCAUUUUUUAACCCAGAGACAUUCUUUGACCCUCUAGAUAAGUACAGCCUACAACCCAAUGCAACUGGGCCAUCAGUUUCCCAGAUGCCAAGAAGUGUGUAGCGAGCCAGCCAAUAUCUCAAGAUCUGGAAGUUUCUGGGCUUGUCAAACCAUCACCUCACCCCUCGGUGUCAAGAGUUCAAGUUUCAGAAGAGUCUCAUACACACAAGUGCCUCAUCUCAAAUGUAUUGCAGGGAUGGUCAUAUCGGGGUUAACAUCCCUUCCAGAGUUGGGUCUGCUCUAAACCAAAGAAAAUCACACCUAAAGAUUAAAAUCAGAUUUGUGUGUGUGUGUGUUUUGGGUUUUUUUUUUUGGCGGUACGCGGGCCUCUCACCGUUGUGGCCUCUCCCGUUGCGGAGCACAGGCUCCGGACGCGCAGGCUCUCAGCAGCCAUGGCUCACGGGCCCAGCCGCUCCGCGGCAUGUGGGAUCUUCCCGGACUGGGGCACGAACUCGUGUCCCCUGCAUCGGCAGGCGGACUCUCAACCACUGCGCCACCAGGGAAGCCCUAAAAUCAAAUUUGAACUCAGAGCCACAGACACUUCUGAGGGUCAUAAGGCCGCAGCUAGUUUAAGAGGCAGAAAGAACAUAAGCAUGUGAAAAUGAAUGGACAUAAGCACGUGAAGCAGAAACUCCACGCUUCAGCUAAUAGGCUACAUGUCCCACAGUCUGGGGAAUCUACCAAGAGGGCAUGGGCAACACUCUUCUUUUAAAGAUAUUUACUUUAUUUAUUUUUAAAUAAAAGUACAAAUAUGCCCCACUUUUCAAGUUUGACUUAAGCCAUUUCACUUCUACCAAAGACCUACAUUGGUACCUGUUGUUGCUAACCGAAAGAAAUCCAAAGAGUUGCAUUUCUUUCUGCUUUUACCCUCCAAAAAAAGGUGAAAAGUGAAAAUAGCAUUCAGCAUUUAUUUUGCAGCCAGCGGUUAUAGAGCACUGAGCACUGAGUGGCACCACCCAACUCCUUCCCCAGGAACUCCACUCAGCAUCUCAGAAUCAAACCGCCAUAGCUUUGAACUGUGUCUAAGCAGCUGUGCUUUAUCUGGAUCUAUCCAUUUUGUGCAUCCAUUAGCAAGAUGUGUCCUAGGGUAAUUGCUUCUUUGUUUACACCAUUUCAGCUUACGAAAAUUUUCAUACUAAUGCUCUACUUUCAGAUAGCAGGGGAAGCCUGUACCCAUUCCUCAUUCAACUCUCAGAAAAGGAAAGCUCUAAGAUCAGACCUUUACACAGCUGCACCCAAAACAGACGACCCGCAUGACAGAGCAACUCUGAGCCCAAACAACAACAUCUGAAAGAGUAGGACCAGUGUCAAACCCCAUUUAUUAAGCUUAUCCCAGAAUAUCACAGGCUUCAGUUGAAUUAGGGAGAGCCAGAGGAAGUCUCACUUCACAGGGAAAAGAAGGAUUACAUAGACUUCUUAUCCCUAGAGGUCAUAAAUGCCAAAAAUGCAAACGAGCUCAAAACAGUGUUGGAAUAAAAGAAUGGAUGAUAGGAUUCUAACACACUGUCAAGAGAAGUGAGGUCUACCAUGGGCAAGGAUAGCCUGUCCCUAGUCUUUUAAGGUGAGCCAGGGAGGACUACUAAACCCUCCCGCCUUAAGGUGGUGCCCACUUAUGUCAGGCAAAAAGUACAAGGGUGGGAACAAGUGUGGCAAGUUACAGCCACCCCAUGAAUUGACUUAUCACUUGAGUAAUUUCUCAGCAGAAGUACCCAAAAAGAGCUCAACAAUCAAGCUGGCACAUGGCAGACUGAGCUGGUCCUCUGACCAUCCUGCUGGCAAACCUUAACUGGAAGGGCCAUUUGGGACAUGGCCCAAAUAUACUGGAUCUCUUUCACUGACUUUGCCACAUAAUGAUGCCAGCACUGACCAGCUGGUGGGUCUUCAGGGGAACCCUUCAUGAGGAUUGCUAGAGGAGGAGCAGGUAAACACAUCAGGCAAAGUAGUAAUCAUAUAAAAUUGUCCCAAAUGAGGGGAUUGAGCCAAAGCUUGGAUCUCAGGGUCCUUCCUUUCCCCCGUAUGAUUCCUGCUCACUCCUGAAAGCCAGAUGAGACAGGUAGGAUGUUUCAGAAGAGAACAGAGUAGUGGGAAGAACACUGGCCUCAGGAGAUGGGGGUGGCAGUCUUUUCUCUGCCCCGUAUUCUCUAGGAGCUAGGAGCACUGAUGUAGCAUGCUUCACCUGCAAAUUAGGUUAGAACUGCCCUACCUCCCAGGCUUGGCAUAAAGAUCAAGUCAAAAUUACACGGGGCUGUUAAAACCCUUUGAAAGCUGCAACACCCUUGAUAAUAACACAGGGAUUUUUAUUCCAGAGCUAAGAGGAAGCGAGGUCAUGGGAAGUUGAGAAAAUAUCGGCCCCGUGUACCUAAACACCAAAGCACACCCAACAUUCUCGUGCUGCUCUCUUUCUUGCAUGACCAACCAUCCCAGUUUGCCUGGGCUUUUCCCAGUUUUAGCACUGAAAGCCCCACAUCCUGGGAAACUCCUUAGUCCUGGGCCAACCAGGCCAACUGGUCACCUACUCUUGCCCUCUUUUGUUAAAGCAAACCAACAGUGAACAUCCAACUACCAUCUUAGGGGAAAAGGUUAUAACAACUAUUUCUCUGCAAUGUAAUGCUAAUGACUGUACUUAAUACAUUUUUAUAUGUUCAUGAUGUUUUACAGAUUGACUGGAAAUGUACUGUCCUUUAUUAGAAGGAAAAAAUAAACAUGGUUUUCCAUUGUUGCCUGCA